AUUCGGACCUGAGGGACCACGGCGAAGGAAGCCAGGAAGCAUCAAGGGAGGAUUUGAGCCCAGGCGGCAUGGAGCUGUACCUCAGUGCCUGCUCCAAGACUGCCAAUGUGGCCGCCAACAAGGCAGCCUCCAGCACCGUGGCUGAGGACAGUCAGCAAUGUGUGGAUGGCAGACACAAAACCCCAAUUCCAGGGGUAGGAGCUGCUCAGCUCCUAGAUCUUCCUCUUGGGGUCAAGCUGCCCAUGAUCCCAGGAACCGAUACUGUAUAUUUUACUACGAAUAUCAGUGAAAAGCUUUUUCGACCUUCCUAUGGUUUUAACCUGAGUGAUCCUUACUGUCGACUUUUGGAAACCCAAUAUAAAAGUCUCCAUGAUCCACAUUUAAGAACAUACUAUAAGCGCAAAGAUAUUCUGAGGAGGCUAAAGAAAGGUGGCUAUAUCACCAGCAAUAAUAAAAUUGUAUGUAGCUUGAGGGAGCUGAAUAAAUACCGGCAGUACCUUACAAGUCUAAAGUUAGACUUUGAAAGAAACUAUUUAAGAGAACAGCAAUUGAUAUCAAAACAGCUACAUAAACUGCAAGAAACCAGCCAACUUCCUCACUGUUCUGAUGUCACACGAUUCCAAAACUGGUUGUUACAGGACAACACUCAUUCUAUUAAGGACCAAGAACGUUUGUUAAGGCACAGAUAUUUGGAUAUGAUAAGUAAAGAAUUGGAACAACUUGAGCGCACAGCAGAGGAACAACGCUUACUCCGCAUUGACAGAGACGAAAGACGACAGCGGGAAUACACAAGAAAAAAACUUACUCUUCGUAGAAAAAUUGAAGAGGAAUGGAAGACAAAGGAGAUGAUGCUUCUUACAAAGAUUGGAGAAGAUGUUAAGAGAGAACAGAAGAUAGAAGAGCAAAGGAGGAAAAGCCGAGAAGAGAGUGACAGAAAGAAACAAGCAAUGCUAGAGAAAAAAAUGGCUUAUCAUUUACAAAAGAUGCAGGACACUGGCUUAAAAGAUGACAUAGGAAGAAAUGGAUUUGACUAUAGAGGACAGAAUGGAACUACGUUUGAAUCUUCCUCAAAGAAGAGAAAGAAGCAGUUUGAUGAUAUAAAAAUAGUUUAUCCUGAUGGUGACCAGAAAGCAUAUAGAGGAACAUCAGGACAAGUAUCAGCCACAGUUAAUCAGUCUCAGAGUAGUUCAAAGGAUGUUACAAAAGUGUCGGCAUCCUCAGUUACUUAUCCAGCAGAAGUACAGAACAGCAGUUCAGAACAAAAGAGAAGUGAAGUAACGAAAAGAUUAAGUGAUGAAAGAGAUCCUGGAACUACAUCAGCUAGAGAGUCAAUUAUUUCAACACAACUAUCACCCACAAGGAAUGCUAAACUUUCACAGAUAUCUUUGGACCAUCAAAAAGAAGAGAAGGAGAUGAAAAGUACUUGGAAUGGAGGACUAAGCAAGAAGUCAAGCUAUGCUGGUGAACCAGGAUCACCGACAGAUGCUCCACCCCAGGGUAUCUUUUCUUUUCCUGUAAACUCAAAUACGCAACAAAAUCUACAACAUUGCUUGAAAGAUAAAGUAACUUCUGAGGAAUUAAAUAGCAUAAUCCAAAACAUAAUGACCUGGGUUGUAGCUACAGUAACGAGUAUAUUAUAUCCAGCCAUCACAAAAUAUGAAGAAAGAGUACAGAAUAAUACAUACCCAGUGACUGAUGACUCUGAUCUUUCUUCAGAUAGUUCAAGCUUCUGUAGUACAUGCAGUGAAGGCUUUACAUACAGAAACUACACAGCUAAAACACUUCCAGUAGAUCCAUGUACAUUUGCCAGUGACAUGCCAAUAAAGAAACCACCUACACCUUUGAAACCUCCUUCUGCACACGUGGAAAGAACAGUUAUUGACCAAACAUAUCAAAGGCAAGGACAGUCUGUGCCUUCACAAGUCAAUUACCAAAAAACCAGCUUGGACUAUCAAUUUCCUAAGAUAGGAAGUAGUAAAUCAGAUAGUCACCUCUUAACAUCAUUAGAAACAUGCACUAAAAAAUCAAAAGAUGCUACCACAGAAACAGAGAGUUUAGAGAUUUCAUUGCUAUAUGAUAAAAAAGCAAAGGCCAUGGAUCAGAUUAAAAAUUUAAAGAAUGUCUUUGUAAACUUUAAGUGUCACUUGAAAGGAGAAACACAACUUAUUUUAGAGAGUAUUUUUCAAGAAAUAAUGUCUGACUUAAGCCAGGCCAUUCCUUCUCUUUCUUCUGUGACUGCUGAAGUUUUUGUUGAUCAGACUGAAACGGAAAGAGAAGAGUUGCUCUCCAAUGUUGACAUAUGUUCAGUCGCUUCGGAGAUUGUAGAAAACAUGCUUGAGAAGCUGGAGUCUGCUGUUGAGAAAAGAUGUGUGCAGAUGUUUUCACAAGAAGACUUGUCAGUUGAUAUUAAACCAAGUUUAUCAACUAGUGGUGACUAUCUUUCAUCCGUAGAAACAAAACCUUCAGAAGAGACACUGAGUUAUACUUUGGAGCCAAUGUGUGAUGUUGCAGAUGAUAUGGUACAUGCCAUUUUAGAAAAAUUGAUGAUUCUUGCAUCUUAUAAGAAAAAUGAUGUUCCUCCAGAAGACACAACUAAACAUUUUCAACAAACUAAGACAGAGCCAAUACAUAAAGUCCAUCAACAAACUGAGCAAAAGAAAGCUAGCUUUGCAUCUGAUCCUGCUAAUCAAAUUGUGAAAGAAGAGAUACAAAGCUUAAUAUCAAGUAUUUUUUCACAGUCCUCUCUGGUGGGUUAUGUAGAAGAAGCAAUCAGCACUAUACUAGGCUAUGUCCAAACUGAACUCAAUAAUGAGAGACUUAUUGCAUCUGAAGAAACAGUAGUCCUUCUUCAGCUGCUGGAUGAUGUCUUAACUCAGCUUCACCAGCAGCCAGUAAAAGCAGGUGUUAAAAAACCUAGACGACCUAGAGUAAGGAAUCUUUCUGACCCUGAAGAAAAGUAUAGAGUCACUGGCACUAGACCAUUUAACAAUCUUAAGUCUAAAAGACCAUUUCCACCCGUUAAUGUUCCUGGAAUGGUCCUUUAUUCUGAAGAUGAUGAUGAGGAAAUCGAUAACUUUGUGCAAAGUGUGCUUGAUUCAUCUUUCAAUGAUGAGAAAUCAAGUUCACAAGAGCAGGUUCCCAACUAUUGGCCUAAAAAGAGAGAUACUUAUUUUGAAUCCAAAAGAAGUAAUAAACUGCCAACAAAAUCUACUUUUCAAAACAAAGUUGGAUCUCAUGACUGGGGAUUAAAGUUGGAGUUGUCUCUUAGUAGUGAAGACAUUGUGAAGACAAAGCAUUGCUUAGGCCAGGAACCUUCCAUUUUCAGCCAAGAUCAAAAGCACCAAAUACAAAAGGCUUCAGAAAACAUAGUUAAACAUAUUUUAACAGAUAUGCUUAAGGAUAUGUCUUCUGAUUCAUCUAGUCACUUAGGAAGCCAAACUGGCAAAGGAGCUUCUGCUUUCAUCUCUGAAAAAUCUCAAGGACUAUCAGAUCAAGAAUGGAUGGAACAGAUGUUCUCUGUGUCAGAAAUUUGUGCAUUUGCACAUGAAAUAACAGAUUCUGUGAUAAAUAUACUUCAUAAGGCUUCAAUGCACAUUCCUAAUACCAUUAAAAAUGCCUUUACAUCAGUUCAUCCCACUCAUGUAGCUCCUUUUGAUACUGCCCACACAUCCAAAGAAACACCAAGUAAAAUGCCAUUUAAAGUAUGGUUUGACAGUGAAAAGAAAAUGAAAUAUUUAUCUUCUCUCAACAUGGAGCAUGAAAAGACUUCCCAGUUAAGAUCUGGAAAAUGUGAACCAAAGCGUGUAAAUGAUAUUACUGAUAAGAUCACUAAUACAAUUUUUAAAAGGCUGAAGUUAUUUGUUUGUCCAAAAUUGCAGAUAGGCAACAAAUCUUCACUGAUAGAAAAAUCAUUACAUUCUCAACUUAGUACUUACACAAUGAAAAUAGUCAACAUCAUUUUGCAUGCUAUACAAAGUGAGCUAGAAAUCAACAAAACAAAACCAAAUCUUAAGGAGACAGACCACCCCAAGUGCCAUAAAAACAAAGGGUGGUUCACUGAUCCCAAUAAAGUUGUAGAGUCCCGUGUCACCAGUGUCAAUGAUGACAUUAUGGAAAGUCCGUUAUUGACAUGCAUAUGUGAAAUGAUAUCAAGUACAAAUGAAGAUAAAAAAAAUACUUCAACCUAUACAGAUAAAACAUUAUCUACAUCUAUAUGUGAGUCUGGCAAUUUUCAUAAACAAAGUAUUUUGUCAAAUAAACAGGAUAAAAAUUCUUUUUGCCAGUUGUUGGCUAAACCUUGCCUUCAGCACAGCUUGGCUGAUGAAAAGGAUUUCAAGGUCAGUUCCAAAUUGGAGGUGUUAGAUCAAAUUGGGGAUACACUGCAUGAGAUGUUAGGCAAGCUCACAGGUGAUCAUCCUGAUCCUCAGCCAUCUUGCAGUCAUCAAAACACAGAAACCAUAGAUAAGGAUCCUCCAACAAUGUCUAACACUCAGCUCAUUUCCAAAGCAAUUCUGGAAAACGUCCUUGCAAAAUUAUGUGAUGUUGACAUUGAUACUAGCAUUGUAAAUUCUGGACCAAAAACUGUUCCCGAGUCACUUGACAUAGACAACCUAUCAUUUGCUUCAACCAUGGAGGAAAUGGCCAAAUGCACGAACAUAAUCUCUAACAUAAUUUCCAAAAUUAUGAAGGAUAAUAAGGAGGUGACCAAAAGCAAAGCAAAAAAUGAUCUUCCAACAUCUUCCAAAACAGAGAUCCCAAAAGAAAUGUGCCCCCAAAAUCUGAAAAAUAUUGCUUCAGAUAUUCUCAACAUGGUUUUUGCUAAACUGGAACAUUUUGCAAGUGGAAGUGUAGUAAAUGUUGGUAAUCUUAAUGAUGAAAAUAAAAAAGAGCAUACAGUGGACUGGGAAUGUGAAAGCAACAGUUCUCCUGCAGAUUCUCAUGAUAAAUCAUUGCAAUCCACUUUAUAUAGUCAUGCAAAGAAGGUAUCAAAUGGUAUUUUGAAAGCCAUUCAAACAGAAUUAAAUAUGAACCCACCCGAUUGUAAGACAGAUAAAAAGAGAUCACCAGAGGAGACACAAAUUCUUACAAACAUCGUUGAUUUAAUUUUAGAUGUAGUAUCUUCAGAUAUGUUUGCUGAACCUGAAUCUGAGAACCAAAGCAAUGAAAAUUAUGGAUACCGACCAACUUAUGGAAAUUUUCUUCCUGGAGGAGCAGAAUCAGAUUCAUUUCUAGAUGAUGACACACAAAAUAAAGAACUUAUCAGAGAUGCCACAUCAUUCAAUGAGGAAACUAGAACCCUUUCUACUGACCAGAUGGGUCUAGAGAGAACCUUAAGCAAAAUUGAAGUGAAACUCAAAGAACCACAUAGAUCUCCAAUUGUUCCCAUUAUAAGAAAUAUUUUGAAUGAAAUUUUUCAAAGUGCUCUAAUCAAUCAAUUAAAUGUGUUUUCACUCUCACGUGCCCAUUUUAGUGGAAUGCCACAAAAUGCUCCUACAUCCUCUACUCAAACAUCUGCUCACUUUAUGGAUCAAAUGAUGGGCCCCUUAGUAUCUGACACAGAUGUAAGUAUAGUGGUAAAUGAUGUUGUUAGGACGGUAUUUCAUAAGCUUUAUUCAGCUGCCAUGACUGAAAGACAUGUAAGUGAAAACAGAGGCAAAACCAUCAUCCUUUCAGCCAAUGUUUCUUUCCGUGAGUGUACCUAUGGAGGAAAUGCCCCUGUCAGUGGGUUAAAUGAAAAUGUAUGUGAUCUUCAGUCCAGCUGGAAUGUUGACAAGCAGAUCAAAAUAAAUGUAGUUGAAGAUAUUGUGCAGGCAAUAUUAGGAAAUUUAGAAACUUUUGCUGCUUCCAAAGUAGAAUCUCUUUUCUGUCCCCAAGUCAAAUUCACAGUUCCAGUGACUUUGCCAGUAAUGCAAGAAGAGGGGUCAUUAAGCCAAGCAUUGUCAGGCAAAGAUUCAUAUUCUGAUAAUCAACUUCCCUGUUUAGUGGAUCAUGGCAAUCCAGAACAGAUGGACUCCUGGUAUCAAAUGUCUUUGUCCAAAUUAAAUAUUUAUGCAAAAGAUGUGGCUAGGAAAAUUUUACAAGGCAUCAAACAUGAGUUAGAUAAAGAACAAGAAAGCCCUCUCUUGACAAAUAACAUUGUAGUUUCUGAGAAUAUUGCAAGUCAAGUUGUUAACAAGGUUCUUGAUAUUGUGUCAUGCAAAAGUAAGUGUGAUAAGAAAAGUUCUGACAAAGAUCAUUACUCAGAGCAGCAAGUUGGUAUUAUUGAACAACUAGUCAAUAAAAGAGAAUAUCGAAAAAUACUUGAGUUUCAAAUUCAAGAUACCAUUGAAGGAAUCUUAUGUGAUAUUUAUGAAAACAUUUUGUAUCAGAAUAAUCUCUCAUUUGCCACACCUACCCUGAAAUAUGGUAUACCUGCAAAACACUCAGAAGCAAAUUUUGAACAAGUAGUUAUGGGUACAAAUAUUAUCCCUAAAGUCUCAGUUCCUAAAGCAGAUGUCAUUUUGGUGUCCAAAGAUAUAGUGGAUAUUGUGCUUCAUAACCUUACAAGUUUGGUUGUGCUUGCCAUAAAUGCAAAGGACUCUGCCCCUGCAAGAGUGGCCAUCUAUGACAUUUUUCCAAAACCACAGUUCCAACAGCCUCUUUCUAUAACACAAAGAACUGAAGAAACACCAGGGCAUUUUUCACAUUCAAAAAAUAAGAAUUUGGGUUCUCCUGAUGUUUAUCAGGUACCUGUAAAUGGCAAAGAAGACACCAAGGAACUUGCUCCUGACCCAUGCAAGGAAAACGCAAACCGCAUUACUCAACCUAUUUUCAAUCGGUUACAGUCUUUUGCCACAGAGAGAAUAAACUCACUAAUGACUCCUGCAUUUCAGUCUAAAGGAAAUGUAUUUGUUAGCCCACAAUUUGAAAUUGGUAAAGAUGACAACUGCAUUUUUCAUGAACCAGGCCAAGCUGAAUCUGAUGUGGAUGUUCUAAAAUUAACAACUAGAACAGUUACUAGCCAAGAGCUUGUAGAACCCAUUUUUACCAGCUGCAGAGAAAAUUUUGGAACUACACCCCAUUUAUCACAAACUAACCUUAAGGACUAUGCUGCCUUCAUUGCCAGUACUAUUCUGAAGCUUAUCAAAAAUGAUUUAGACUUAGAAGUACAAAGUAUGCACACAUAUUCAAGCCACAUUUUAUUUCAAAAGAAUAUGAUUGUGAGUGAAAUUGUUAAUAAUAUCUUAAAGAUUUUACCCAAUAAAGAACCUAUAAAGGAAUUCUUUUUAUCCUCACCAGAGAACUCUAGUUGUUCACAGUUAACCAUAUCAAGUGAAGAUUUGGUGGGAUACAAAGAGAAGGAAAAAGCUACCGCAUUGCCACAGUUUACAAAUGACUCCUUAGAAGAAAACCAAGUAACAGUAGAAAAAGAAAGCCAGAGAGAUGUUUUGGAAGAAAUAUUUAUGAGAAAGGGAGAAUCAAAACCAAGAGAAAAAACCGAAAUACUCAGGACAGUGGAAGAGGUUUUGAAGAAGCUGAGUCAAAAGAUAAUGGAAAUCAUAGGCCACGUCGCUCCAUUUAAUGAAAGCCCUCACACAGUGUCUAAGUCUAAAAGUAAAACAGCAGCUGCAACACAGAAGAAAUUCUUUCAGUCACGAAUUAACAAUGUAUCAAAUGAUAUACUUGAAAAUGUUUUGAGUGAGAUGCACUCUGUGGUUGUAACAUCCUUGUACAGAAAUAAUAAAAGCAAGAGAGAGGGAGAAAUGCAUGACAGCAGCGAUAGCUCCUCAGUAAAACCGUCAGGCUCUAGAGAAACUAAGCCAACAAGAAAAAGAAGUAGUCCCCUGAGACUGGGGGUACCACAGAUGCAUCCUCAUGCUGACAAUUUAAAUGCUCUUGUGUUAGAAAACACCAUUUUGCCAUAUUCACCAUUGCAAAUUGGAAAAUAUUUAGUUCAAAUUGUUCUAGAAAAUUUAUCAAAUUUUGUCUCCCUGCAUCUAGAAGAGGGCUAUCCACCUGAAGGGAGCUAUGAUGACCUGUAUCUUCUUAGACUUCAUAAUGCUAAACUCAGCCCAAAGAACAGCCCAAGGCCAGGAGGUAAAGCAAGUUUAAAAAUGAGAUCAAAAAUCAACUCUCUCUCUAAAUUUAAAACAAAACCACACCUUGGUAUUAGCAGUACUAAGACCAAAAUCAAGAACAAGUUAUCUGCUGGAGAGAAAACUCCAAGAGAGAGCAGAUCCAAAACCGCCCUUGGGCUGCCACAAACUCCACAAGUGGAAGAUACCAAAACCACACUGAAAACAAAAUUACCAGUUGCAGAAUUAAGACUAUAUGCCACAAAUAUAAUAACUGACAUUUUGCAAGUAAUUCUGAGCAGUCUUGAGAGAGCGGCACAACACAGAGCCAUGUUUAACACGAAAGUCUUAGCAUCUAGUCAAAUCCUUGAAGCAAGUAAAAUUGUUAAUGCAGUGUUACAAGAGUUAUAUGCUACAAACAACGACAAUUUGGCUUCUCCAAUCAACAUCUCAAGUCUGAGUGAUCGUCGCUUAUCCAAGCAGAAUCUGGGUGCAGGUUAUCCUACGGAGCAACCAUGUUUUUAUUUAGAAAAUGUUUCCUCACAGUUAGAACAGAUAUUUCCUAAAGAAGGUAUAUUGAAAAAAAUGUUUGACAAAUGGCAAACAGAAACAAGUGAUACAGAAACUGAAAAGUCUAAACUUUUAACCAUAGCCGAAAACAUUUUAACUGAAAUUUCAAUAAAAGCCAAAGAUUUAGAGUAUUCACUUUCACUUUUAAAUUUGCCACCUCUUGAAGAGUGUGAAAACAGACUCUAUGACCGCUUUAAAGGUGUCUCUACUAGAGCCGAGGACACAAAUGCGCAAAUCAAUAUGUUUGGACGGGAAAUUGUUGAAAUGCUCUUUGAAAAAUUACAGCUGUGCUUCUUGUCUCAGAUGCCUACUCAGGAUAGUAAUGGAAUUCUAACAAGUAGGAAAGAACACGGUACCAGCAAGAGUAAGCAUGGGGUUCCCACCAAGCCCAUCCUCGGUGGCAUACAGACUUAUAACUCAAAGAUGGCAGACCAAGUAUCUAUGAGCCCUAGCAACCAAAUUGUGCAUGAGAUUGUAGAAAGAGUCUUACACAUGUUAGAGUCAUUUGUGGACUUGAAGUUUAAGCAUAUCUCUAAAUAUGAGUUUUCUGAAAUAGUGAAAAUGCCAAUAGACAAUCUCUUUCAAGCCCAACAAAGACAAUUAAGCAAAAAGAUGCUGCCAAAGUUACCAUUUAGAAAGUUUGGUGAUGAGUCCAAGCCAGGCACUAUUAUAUCCAAAGACGAUGGACAGAAUACACUCUUACAGGUUCACUUAUUCCAUUCAGAAUUGCUUACAUAUUCUGUCACUGCUGUCAGUGGCAUGCUUAGGAUAAUCAAGAAUAAGCUAGACAAAGAAAUAAGCCAAAUGGAACCAUCUCCAGUUAGCAUACUGAAAGAAAAUAUCACUGCAAGUGAGAUCAUUGGUACACUGAUAGACCAGUGCUCCCAUUUUGAAGAGUCUUUGAUCAAAAACCUUCCCACCAAACAUUGGUUCCAAGGAACUGAGAAUGUUUACAUUGUUAAUCAGGUUGAAUUUGCAACUCCUGUGAAAAUGCCUCCAUCAAACACGAGCGACACUCCUAGGACGAGGAGGAGUUCACAAGGGAGUGUGUCAGGCAUGGGGUUUAGUUCCGAGGAUGAUAUGAAAGAAAAGUAUAGCGUCACAUCUAAUUCAUCUUCACACAUCAGUUCCUGUGUAGAAAACACAAAUAAAAGUUUAGAGCCAAUGGGAAGGUCCAACUCAGAAGCUAUGCCAUCUGGUUCUAGACACAAAGCACACGACCACGGCCAGAGGAAACCAAACUUUACACCAUUUGAGCAAGUCACAAAAACUCACAACUUUCUUCCUCAAGGGAGUGUGUUACAAAAAUUGUUUAAAAAAGUAAACGAUUCCACAGAAGAGUCACUAAAACAAGUUUUGUCAUUUAUAGAAACGGGGAAACGUGAAAAUCCAAGGGUUUUUCAUUAUGAGACCACCAAAUCAGCUGAGCCAAAUGAAAUUAAGACAACUGCUCCCCCUCUCAAAAUAUGUUUAGCUGCAGAAAAUAUUGUAAACACAGUACUAUCAAGUUAUGGGUUUCCCCAUCAACCAAACACUAACGAAAGCACGGAGACCAUGAAACCAUUUUUUAUGUCAAGGCAAAUUCCUUUGUCUGAAGUAUGUGAAGGACAAAAAGAUACAGAGAAAACUUUGCUCAAAACGUGGUAUAGCCGAAAGGCCCUCAUUCAGGAGGAGGAAAGUGAAGGUCUCGAAGCCUGCCAAGAGGAUUUUUCUUUAUUACACAAAUGGAAAAAUAAGAAACCCCAAAUGACAACAGAGACUGUGGAGGAAACCAAGACCAUUGUUUUCGCUGAUCAUGAACUUGGUCCAAAUGAAAUGCAUUUGGUUGCAAGACAUGUUACGACAUCUGUGAUCACACAUUUGAAGAACUUCAAAACUGGAGUUUCUACUGAGAAGUUUUCUCAUGUAUCUUCACUCUCAAAAAAAAUUGAUGAUGCAAAUCAGCCUCUAAUAAGCAUUUACAGCAAUUCUUCAGUUUGUCAGUUUUGUGAGCAUCUCUCAGACGCAGUUAUCUGCUACCUAUUUUUAAACAUUUCUGAUGGCAUCAAAAAAUGCAGCAGAGAGAAAGCAUGGGAAAUCCAAGAUGCAAUAAUUGACAAAAAUGUCAUAAUUCAUUCUCAAUUGUAUAAAACCAGGUCUAUUUCUAUUGGAGAUCUCGCUUUAAGUAUUUUUGAAGUUAUUGUUGAAGUUCUUGCUAAUAGAAACAUGAUAAAUGCUGAUAAGGCACAUCAGGCUUCCAUAAAAGCAAAGUACAUGUUCUGUCCAGGAGUGACUUCUUCUGAUUUUGAUGAUAUCUUUCAAGAUCUCUUAAAAGAAGUGAUCUUUGUAUUGUCCAAAAUAUUAGGAAUAAAUCAUUUUGAAAAUAAUGUAAGAAACAAGUCAUAUCCCACACUUAAAAAUAAUUUGCCCGUGUUCAACAAAGUCAAUACCAUAGAAAAUCAGAUAGGCCCCAGGAAGUUGGAAUCAUCUCCUCCCCUAACUGAUCAACUUGCUCAAAAAAAUAAAUUAAAUUACCUGGCACGUAGGUUAAACAGUCUGGUUGGCAGCCUAAGAUCUCGCGAAUCCAAAGAAGUUGUCAAUGAAGUCUUUAAUAUUGUUUUAGAUUUAUUUUUACCAGAUGAGAUCCCUGAUGGGGAUUUGAGUUCUGGUAAACUAGCAAAAACAUUUUCCUCCUCAAAUAAUCAACCAAGUAAUAGAAGCCUUGCAAACAAUGUAGGGCUUUCCCCUAAAUCAAUUUUUCUUCUCAAUAUUGUGUGUGAGAAACUUAUUCGAACACUUCUAGAAAAGUGCAUGGGGGGCACCCCAUUUUUUGAGGAUAGUUCACUUUUUCGUGAAAUACCAGAAGAAUGUCAACAUGUCAAAGUUCUUCCAAGUGUUCAAGGUGGAGGUUUUGAUUAUCGUGAGGCACCAAUGGACUGUGAACAAUUUCAAGGAGAUUAUAUGUCAGAGCUGUUGGAAAAUCUGGCAGACGUUGAUCAAGAUUUAUUAUCAUCAGACUGUAUACUUAAUGUGAUUUCCCAUAGCUUGGUUAAAUCUCUGAUGGACAAACUAUCUCAUGGUUUACAGCAAGCUCCCUUUGAAAACAAAUACAGGAACUAUAGAACAAGAGAAAUGCAACCUUUCAUUACAAAAGCAAAAAGGCAAGAAUUAAUAGAACCAGAAGAGACUAAAGGCCAUGUAGGAUUCAUGAGCUAUGACAAUAACUUCUUGACCAAGUCCUUAAAUAAUACCAAUGCAAAUAGCUUUAAAAAGCACACACAGUUUGGCAAAAAACAUGCAGGAAAAUCUAUCUCUUUGUCAUUUUCUGAUGGAAAAGAAUCAAGGGGAAUCAACACAGCAUGCUUUCAUAAGCUAUGUCAAAGAGGUGUAAAUGGUGGUGUUUUUUCAGCCACGUUUUUAGAGGAGAUAAUCUCAGAAUUAUUUUAUAAUCUGUCUACAUCAUUGUGGAAGAAAAAUCCAAAUAUCACUGAAGCCUGGCUAAAUGAGAUAAAUACAUUACUUAUCAACAAUGUAGUGAAAAAGUUAAAUGAUGCUGAAAUUACUGUCCUAAGGUAUCCUGAAGAAAGAUUAUAUUUUCCAUCAGCCCAUAAAGGAUGUAUUGCUAAGAUUGUUGAUUCCAUUUAUUAUGAUGUUUUACAGCAAUAUGAAUUUACAGUAACCUGUGGUGGUAAUCUACCCUAUGACAAUACUCCAGUAGCUAAACGAAUAUCUAACAGCAUAUUAUUAGAGGUUAUAGACUAUCAGCUUCCAUCUUGCUUCAAGGGAAAGCUCAGAUCCAAUCUAUAUCACACUCUCAAUGCUGAAAUCAUACUGUAUAAACUUCACAAUAGUCUAAAAAAUUUUAACUCUGAACCCAUGACUUCAAAAGAUUAUAGUACCAUGUUACCACACUCAUUUUUAGAAUAUGUUAUCAGAAGAGUCUUAGCUCAACUUAUUUCCUUGCCUAUUAAGUCUUCAUCUUUAGAAAAAAAGUAUUUGGCAAGUUCAGAUUUUAAUGAAAUGUCCAACUGUAUAACAAAUAAGGUUAUGUCAGCCAUUUCAAAACAUAAAAUCUGGUUGACCAUCUAUGAUAAUCAAUGUCUGUAUACAGAUAAAAAUCUCCAAAAAAUGGUAGAUUCUGUUUACAGUAAUAUUUUGCAAAUGUCUUCUUCUGUUGAUUCAAUACAGAAAAAUAUAAUUAGUCGAAGUCCAAUUAUGAUUGACCAAAUAGCCAGUUUCAUUAUCCAAGAGAUUAUUGAAAACCAUCUUCAGCCAUUUUUGUGUGGAGAGAGAUUACCUCGCCCCAAAACUCCACUGGAUGAAGUAUCUUACAUGGUCAAACAAGUUCUCAGUGACGUUGUAGAGUCUCACAAGUCCCAGAAGCCAUCACCUUUUGGCAUUUACCCUGAUAAGUUAGUAGGAGAAACCGUCACCAGAGUCUUAUCAAAGAUUUUUAGUCCUAAUACUAAUAUUAAUGUUGAGCUGGAAAAUGUGACCCAAAAAAUAGUAAGCUCAGUGCAUAAGCAUUUAGACAAAGCUAAGAUUCCGAUUCUAUGUCAUAAGCAACCACCCUUUCCCUUUAGUAAUACAGACAUUGUAGAUGAACUUGUGACCUCAGUAUAUAAGAAUGUUUUGAAGCAGCAUGGACUAGAUCCUGACAUUGAUGAGUCAGUAAAUGGUGAAGUUUUUGUGGAAAAUAUUACCAAAUUAAUCACAGCUGCUAUUUCAGACUACCUUCUUCACCCACUGUUUUCUGGUGAUUUGCCAGCUGCCUCUUGUUCUAAUUCAGUGACUGAUCAUACUGUUUAUGACAUUCUUGGUGACAUCAAUAAAUCUAGUAAGCCAAACCAGACUUUACCUCUGUAUAAUACAUUACUACCAUAUACAUUUUUAGAAGAUAUGAUCAGAGUACUAUUAUCUAAAUUUUUUCCUUCUGCCCCUAAAAUUGAUUCAUACAAAGCAGCUUCAAAAGAUAAAGAAGGAGUCAAUUUUAAUGAAAUUGCUUCCAACCUGAUCAGUGAUAUUAGGAGAAAAAUUUCCCAACAUGAAAUUAGAUUUUCAAAAGAUGAAGAUAAAACCAAGUCCUUUUACUCAGAAAACGAUGUUCAGCAUCUUGUUGAUGCAGUCUUCAUGAAUAUUUUAGAAAACUAUGGUUCUCCAGAAUCAGUGGAACAAAAUAUCACAAAAAGUAAUGAUGUCUUCAUUGAUCAAAUAGCAGGUUUUAUUAUUAAAUAUAUCUGUGAACACCAUCUUCAGCCAUUUUUGGAAAGAAAGCAAUUAUCUACUUCAUCGUACAAAUAUUCUGAUGAUGACAGGCAGGACUUACUUUAUGGUAGUGCUUAUUCCUCAACAUUUCUGGAAGAUGUGGUCUCCGGUGUAGUGAGCAAAAUAUUUCAUAGGGUGAUUGGCAUUGUACAAGUGAACUCAACAAUAAACUCAGAAAAUAUCUUGUUUGAUAAAGCUGAAAACCUCAUAUAUUGGAUAACAGAGGAAUUUUCAAAAGCUCAGGUUACCACUAUAGAGAAUGCUGAAGAACGGUUGAGUUUAUCCCCAGUAGAAGGAAAUAUACUCCAAAAAAUCAUUGACACUGUGUACAGCAAAAUUUUAGAAGAACAUGAAAUGGAAAUCAUGCCUAAUAAAGAUUUUCUAAAUGAUACAAAGGCAUUGGCUUCCCAGAUAACUGAAAUCAUUCUGAGUGAAAUUUCUUAUUUCCAAAUUCCACCAGAUCUCGUAGCAAAUCUUCCUUUACGCUUACAUUCCAAACUUAGUCAAAAUGUCUUGGUGAACAAAGUGCAUUAUGACAUUAGUAAGUCAAGAUUCCGAAGACAGGCUUCAACGAUGUACACUACCAUGCUCUCCCAUGUUCAUUUAGAGAAGAUAGUCACUCAGCUUAUGUCUCAGAUAAAUCCAUCAGAUUCCAGUGUAGGACAUUCUGACACUUAUCAAUCAGAAUUGAGUAACACAGUCGUAAAACUGAUUAAUGAAAUCAUGUCAAUAAUUUCAAAACAUGCAAUAUGUAUUGUAAAACAUGGAAAUGAAAAACAGAGCAUGAUUUCAGAGAAGGAAAUGCAGUCGAUGGUCGAUUCCAUUUAUGCUGAUCUUUCCCAUUCAAAUCUGUACCAGUCUCUUACAAAAGAUAAAAAGGGCCUAAGUAGCAUACCUGUUUCAAAAAUUGCAAAUUUUAUAAUAAAGGAGAUCUUCAAUCAUCAUCUAGAAUCAUUCUUAUCAGGAGAUAAAAGUAUUCUUUCAGCUUCAGUGGCUCAAACCUGCAAGAAGAAAGCAACAACAAGCACUAAGCAAAGGGAGUUGUCAUUCAUUGUGAACUCAGCUGUCUUUUUGGAAGAAGUAAUCACUGAGCUUUUAUGCAAAAUUCUUCAGACUUUUAUACAGAAUUCCUUGAGUAUGGAAACCCCAGAGAGAGCAAUAGCAGAAAUAAUGGACAUUGUUACAACAUUAGUAAAAUCAAUUGUUUUUGAGUUCACUUCAUCUGAGAUUUUAGUUGCAGAACAUUUGGAUGAAAGUCUAUGGUUUUCAGAGACAUAUAAAGAAAUGGUUCAAAAAACAGUCAACUCAGUUUAUGGAAAUAUAUUUUAUGAAUAUAAAUCUCUGACUCAACUACACAGGGCUGUACAAUAUGACACCUCAGGUUUUGGAGGGAAAAUGUAUCAUUUUCUAUUGGAAGAAAUGUAUGAUUAUCAGGUGCAGUCAUUAGUUUCAGGAGAAUUAAUGCCUUCUUGCUAUGCUUCACCUCAAUCUGCAAAUAUCAUCAAAAAUGUCCUCAAUGUCAUCUUGAAGGAUACCAAUGCAUUACCAUCAUGUAUUACAGUGCUCCCUUGUUCUCUGAUAGAAAAUAUGAUUUACAAGCUUUUAGAAAACAUCUUUCCUUCAGAUGACACUACAAAUGAACUAAAGAAGGAGGAGAAGGAGGAGGCUGGGCCAGAUGAUGUUGAUGAGUUCAUGGCUGCAGCUUCAAAACUGACUGAUGAAAUUAUACAAGAAAUUUCUGAACAUGAGAUCAGGUUUGCCAAUGCAGAGGAUACAGCCAGUAUGAUAUAUGAAACAACUGAGAAUUUCAUCGACUCUGUAUGUAAUAAUAUUUUGAAGAACUCUGAAUUCCAAGCAGAAGUACAGAAAGAUGCACACAAAAAGGGAGGUUCAUUUCUCAGUAAAAUAGCUGGUUCAAUUAUUAAAGAAAUCAUGGAUCAUUAUUUGCAGUUAUUUUUAUAUGGUGAAGGCUCACAUUCAAGUAAAUUACCUCAUUUUGGUGGUGCUUCUGUUGUUGCUAAAUCUGGGAAAGAAAAGGCACCAUCCUCUCUCUUUUCAGCUGCAUUUUUAGAGGAUGUAAUUGUUGACCUUGCUCACAAAUUUUGUUCUUUCUUAACUCUUACUGAUGAUGCCAGGAAAAAAGAUUUGCCAGAGGCAGAAAUUGUAAGCUUAGCUAUUAAGUUUGCAAACUCUCUCAUACGAGAUUUUAGGAAAAGUGGAAUCAAAGUAUUACCACAUGCUGAAGAAAUAUUUUCUUUCCCACCAAUUGCAAAGGAGACAAUUGAUGAGAUAUCUAAUUUUGUCUAUGAUCAGUUCAUAGGGAAAUUAGGAGCUGAUGGUAUUCAGAAGGAUGGCACUGGCAACAUGGUUAUAGAAAUGGUUUCUUCUUUGGCACAAAAGGCAAUCUCUACAUUCAAGAUUCAGCCACUAUUUUCAGGAGACUGGUGUUCAACUUUCUUCUCAUUUCUAGAUGCAGAAAAUAUCUCCCAGAGGGUUCAGCUCCUCCCAAAGGAGACAUCAAUGCAAAUUAGUGGCGCCUUAAAACAGAACCAGCUUGCUCUAUCUAAAAUCACAUCAAUUAAAAAAGAUGACACCCAAGAUCCAAUACUUAACUCUAUAGCUACCAUUAUGAAAAGUAAUAUCAUCAAUCUUCUAUCAGGACCAAGUGCAGGCGUCACAGAUGCAAAGAAAGAAGAUGAAAGCAAGGUCAAACCUGCCACCCGAGAGACCACCUCACCACCCACAUCUCCACCUGCCACCAUGAAAAGCCAAGGUAGUCAGGUACAACAGUUAGCUACAUCUCCACCCACCAGCAUGAAGAGCCAACGUAUUCAGGUGCAACAGUCAGUGAUGUCUCCACCCACCACCAUGAAAGGCAAAGGUGCUCAGGUGCAACAGUUUGCUACAUCUCCACCCACCAGCAUGAAAAGCCAAGGUAGUCAAGUGCAACAGUCAGCGAUGUCUCCACCCACCACCAUGAAAAGCAGAGGUGCUCAGGUGCAAGAGUCAGUGACAUCUCCAUUCACCACCAAGGAAAGCAGAGGUGCUCAGGUGCAACAGUCAGCAAUGUCUCCACCCCCCAGCAUGAAAGACAGAGGUGCUCAGGUGCAAGAGUCAUCAACAUCUCCACCCACAACCAUGAAAAGCAGGGGUGCUCAGGUGCAACAUUUGAGCAGCAAAUAUAAAGGUAAUGAAACUGGGAAAGAGAACUUAGUCCUAGUCAAUGAGCAGGGGCAGAUUCUUGAAAUCUUCACCCACUUUGCAGUUGCUAAGACUGUGGAAAAUAGUCCUGAGAAGGAGGUAUUUAUAUCAGAUUUGAAAAUACAAAAUGAAAAGAAGCUUGAUGUCAGUAAAAGUUCAGUAAAAACAGAUGAUAGGCCCAUGAGUAAGGAUAAAGAGACCAUGACAGAAAAAACUGUACUCAUACCCCAACAGCCAGUCAAGGAAGAGAGGAAACAGUCUGUAGUGAAAACUGAUACAGAGGAAGAACAAUACUCAGAAAAUGAAUGUGUUGAAAAUGUCAUUGAAAAUAUUUAUGACAAUGUUUUCAUAGUAUCUUCUCAAGAGCCAUUGGAUUUUUCCAGACCAAUAUACAGCAGAAGCCUCACAAGUGAUAAAGCACUGGUUAUCCUUAAAGAUUCUGCACAGCUUGUUCCAGCAAAGGAUUUAUCCUCAUCAGGUCACAGAGACAUCGCUGCUAAAGAGAAAGCAAGUAAAGAAACAGAAACUAAAAUAAGAAGAGACAGAAGUGAGACCAAAAGGUCAAAAGAGAUGAAAAGUAAAUCUAGUAUGACAGACCAUCCUAAGCCAUCAGAAAGUAAAUCUAAAAUUGUUCCUGCCAAGUUUCUAGAAGACGUGAUCGCUGAACUGGUGAACAAACUAGUAUUUACAUUUAUCUCUGAUAAAACUACAGAUACAAAUGAGCAAAAGCCAGGGGAACUUUAUGACACAGCUAUGAGACUUGUCAAUUCAAUGACAAAGGAGCUUUCAGAUGCAGAAAUUAAGGUAUUUAGACCAGAAAAAGAAGAUGAAGUACAAGCAGCCAAAGAACCAGCUCCUACAUCCCCUCCUGAGGUUAAAGAAACAGUUACAAAAGAGCCAUCACCCAGCACAAAUAUUAAAAAUGAGGAUCAAAUGUCAGAUGUGCAGAAAACACCCGAACAGUCCUCUCCUGACAAGUUGCCUGCCUUAGAGAAAAUACCAUCAAUUGAGAAAUCAAUAGUCAAUAAAAUUGUUCACUCUUGUGUUUGCAACAUUUUCAAGGAGUGUAAAUCUCAAGAGUCUAUUUGUGAGAACAUCAACAGUAAUGGGGAGAAUUUAGCAAAAAGGCUAACUAGCACAGUGAUAAAUGAAAUUUUUCAGCAUCAGCUUAACUUGAUAUUUUCUGAUGAGGUACCGGCUUCAGCAUGUGUGCCUCUAGAAUCAAAAGAUGUUGAGCAAAAGGUCCAAAAUGUGGUGCAAACAGUCAGUAAAGAAUGUCAGACCGCAUCUCCCUAUACCGUACAGUUGCCUUACAAAUUUUUAGAGGAUGUGACUUCUGGUCUUCUAGCAAAAGUCUUUUCAAAACUAUCCAAUGUCAAAACAAAACUAACUCCAGAAAAUGUGUUGACACAACUCGACUUCCUUCAAUCAAAUUUAGUAAAAACGAUUGCAGCAGAGAUUUCCAAAAAUGAAGAUUUGAUUAUUCAGUAUGUAGAAUCCUUGCAUCCAAAUGAUGAUGAAGUCAUUCAACUGGUGGUUCAGACAAUUUAUAAUAAUCUUUUGCCACAGUUUGGAUCACAGGAAAUCUUACAAAAAUGUAUAAUUAGUGGAUGCAAACUCCUUUCAAAAACCAUAGUUGACUUAGUUCUACGAGAAGUGACUGGCAACCAGUUGCAGAACUAUUUUGGUGGUGAGUUGACUCCAAUUCAGUGUGCAGAAGUUGACAAUGUUGUUGAAAAUAUCCUCACCAAUGUUGUCUUAACUACUCCAUCACAGCCAUCAGGUCCUCGUAAACUAUCUUAUAACAUAAUAGAAACAAUUGCUGUGAAGUUCUUAUCAAAGCUUUUAUCUGUGUUUCCAAAAGGCCAUCCAGAAAGAACUAAAUCUCAAGAAACUGAAAUGCGAAAAAUAACCUCAAAAAUAUUACAUUCAAUACAAGAAUUUAUCUCCAAAAGUAAAAUCAAAGUUGUACAACCUGUGAAGGAAUCAGAAGCUGUGCCUUCAGCUGACAAGGCAGCUAUUGAAAAAGUAGUUAAUUCUGUUUAUACAAACCUUUUGAAACACUGUGGCUCCCCUACAUCUGCAUUUGAAGAUUUAAUGAGGAAGAGUGAUGUCAUUUCUGACAUAAUAGGUUUUUCAAUGGUAAAGGAGAUUUCCAAUUCUGAAUUUCAACCUCAAGCAGAGGAAGAGCUUUCAAGUUCAGAGUUAGCCCUAGAAGCGGUCAAGAUUAUGGAAAAGGUGGUGAAAAUUAUUGAUGAACUUAAGUCGCAGGAAAAACCUGCAUCCAUAACGGAUGUAAUGUUAGACUCCAGAGUUUUAGAGGAAGCUUUGGCCUUGUUCUUGGCUAAACUAGUAAAGACACCUGGUCCCGCUAGCAAAGACACAACCAGUUUAACAAAGCCUGAGUUAAAUAAAAUCGCAUCUCAGUUGACAAAAUCUGUAACAGCUGAAAUUUCCAAAAGUAACAUUAGUCUUGUGGAAUCAAAUCAUGAAGAACAAUCUUUAGAUCCAGAAAAUAUUGAAGUGAUUUCUCAGGUUGUUGAGUCUGUUUACAGUAACGUAGUAAAACAAUCUGGAACAGAGAAUGAACUCUCUGAUAUAAAAGGUACAAAGAAGGCUUUCCCUAAGAAGGUAGCUAGCUUAAUUGUUGAUGGAGUUUCCAGUGUUCCAUCAUGUAGAGUUAUCACAGAGAGCUCUUACACUGCUGCACAUGGAGAUUUAGACACAAACAGAAUCAUUGAAAAGGCACAAAAACAUGCUGCACUAAUGAGCUCUGACUCAGACAAAGACUCCAAAAAGGAAUUAGAAGAUGAAUUUCCAGUUAGAAUAGUUCCACAUGUCAGGAAUAAACCAUUAAGAAUAGAUCCAAAUAUCGUCUCAGACCACUUAGCAGUUAUUUCUAUGAAAACUCAGCCUCUGGAGACACUUCAGAUGGACUGUUUAAAGAGAACUGGAUGUAGCAUAGCAGAGCUGAGAAGAAAUUCCAUACGUGGCAUAGGUCCCUCUUCCACAGAUGUGUCUGAAAUGGGAACAAGACAAAAAGAGAGACGCAUCUCACUGGAUAGGACUGGACGACUAGAUGUGAAACCCUUAGAGGCUGUUGGCAGAAAUUCAUUUCAAAACGUAAGAAGGCCUGAUAUCACCAGAGUAGAGCUUUUGAAAGAUAUUAAUAACAAAACAGAUCUGAUCAUCCGGCUUGUAGCUCAUGAUAUUGGUCGAAAAGAGUCAGAUAGUAGCUUAAGUGAGGGCAUGGUUUCUGAUGAGGAGGAGGUUGUCCUAGGAGAAGUUGUUGGAGACCAGUGCUUAAGAAAAAUAUCUGGAGGACGUGUUCAACAAGUAAAAAAAUCUGCAGAAAGCCACGUUGUUUCUUCCAAGACAGCAACAAGCACAAGCAACCUGAAAAGGUUCUUAGCCCUGAGCAAAUGUUGUCAGCCCACAUCUGGCGAAAAUAUUGAAAGUAUUGAAGAAAGUGGAAUUCAGAUAAUGGACCCUAACAAGGCAUACGUGAAAAGAGCUGCUGCCGAGCUUGACAUGCCUUCUUGCAAAAGCUUGGCAGAAGAAACAACUUCUAGGGACAAGUUACAAUAUAAGGAAGAAGAAAUCCUUGCUAGUGAACCAACACAUUACUUCAUACACAGAAUUAUGAGUACAUCAUCAUACAACCAAGAAGACCUCAUUUCUGGCGAAGCAGAAGAAUUUCUACCAGAUGCAAAGGCUAAUGCAUUAGAAGAAAGUUGUCAGGAACCACAAGAAGGAAACUCAAACAGUCUUGAGUUUGUCACUAUCUAUAAAGGAUCAAAACAUAUAGCCGGUAGUGCACGUCUUUCAAAGGAACAUGUUUCAGAAAUGCCCAGGAGCAGUAUUUCCAAGCAAGGGUCUAGAGUGCUGGCAAAGGUAUCUUCAACUCUAUCAAAGGUGUUCUCCCGAUCGAGCGGCAGUAUUCCUAAGUCGUCCUCACCACCUCACCAGGAUAAGCGAUGAAGCUUUUCCACUUGAUAAAAUUGUGAUUCUCUAUAAAAUAAAAUGAUAUUUAAAGUAGAA